AUGGCCAGUCAUCGUGUAUUUUCUCAAAAGUUUCUCCAAAAGCUGACAAAGCCUUUGGUUGAAGCCGACGUUACCCCACAACUUGUAUUCAACGAAGCCAAGCAGAAGAGUUUCUGGAGACCCCCACAGGUCAGUCUGCGUCGCCAGAAUGAUCUCCGCAAAGCAUGUCUGCAGGAGGGCAUCGAUGCCUCUUCGAUUGGUCUCGCUCCCGUUGCCCCUGCCAAACCCAUGCGUUACAAGCCCAACAAGCUGGAGAAGCAUGAACGCAUGCGAGCCGAACGCCAGGCCAACAUUCGCAAGAACCUCGAGAAGAUGCCCCAGACUAUUCAGGCCUGGAAGGAGGACAAGCUCAAGGCUAUUGCCAAGCAAAAGACCUCUAUGCCUUUCUAG